CUAGAAAGAAGAAAAAAAGUAUUGUAAAAAAUCCUUGAAAUGAAAGACAAUAGCGGGAGUUAGAAGUCCCAAAAAAUUAAGCCCUUUUUUCAUUUGCUUGCUUAUAUUUGAUGGCCGUAAGGCCUCUGCAAUUCACUCUCUCUCCUCGAAACCACCAACUCAUCUUCUCCAUCUUCGACUUUCCAUUUUCUCUCUCCUCCAAUCUUAACCCUAAUCUUCCUUCUUCUUCCUUCUUCCCCAAUAAUCUUCGUCUAUUCGGGUCCAAAACGACCCGUUUUUCAUCUCCGCCAAAAUCGUCGGAGCUUAAACGGAUUGUUAGGUCGUCGACAUUUACAGAUACGCUGGCGCAGAGGAUUGGUAAAUCGAUUCGCCGCCCUGGCGCUGCUUCCAAAGCUAGGGUUUAUUCCGAUGUUAAUGUCGUUAGACCUAAGGAUUAUUGGGAUUAUGAGGCUCUUACUGUUCAAUGGGGUGAACAGGAUGAUUAUGAGGUGGUGAGGAAGGUUGGGAGAGGGAAGUACAGCGAGGUUUUUGAAGGUGUUCAUUGUACUAAUAAUGAGAAAUGUAUCAUUAAGAUCCUCAAACCUGUCAAGAAGAAGAAGAUCAAAAGGGAGAUUAAAAUACUUCAAAACCUUUGCGGUGGACCGAAUAUUGUGAAAUUGCUUGAUAUUGUAAGAGAUCAGCAGUCGAAGACCCCAAGUCUUGUAUUUGAAUAUGUUAAUAAUACUGAUUUCAAAGUGCUUUAUCCUACAUUGUCGGACUAUGAUAUUCGCUACUAUAUCUAUGAACUUUUAAAGGCUUUAGAUUACUGUCACUCACAAGGCAUUAUGCACCGUGAUGUGAAGCCCCAUAAUGUCAUGAUUGAUCAUGAGCAGCGAAAGCUACGACUUAUAGAUUGGGGUCUUGCGGAGUUCUACCAUCCAGGGAAGGAAUACAAUGUUCGUGUUGCAUCAAGAUAUUUUAAAGGCCCAGAACUUCUUGUUGAUCUGCAAGACUAUGAUUACUCUUUGGACUUGUGGAGCCUGGGUUGUAUGUUUGCUGGAAUGAUAUUUCGUAAGGAGCCAUUCUUUUAUGGACAUGAUAACUAUGACCAAUUGGUUAAGAUAGCCAAGAUACUAGGGACAGAUGAAUUGAAUGCGUAUUUGAACAAGUACCGCAUAGAAUUAGAUGCACAUCUUGCUGCCCUUGUGGGAAGGCAUAGCCGAAAACCAUGGACAAAAUUUAUAAAUGCAGACAAUCAACAUUUGGCAGUUCCAGAGGCUAUUGACUUCGUUGAUAAAUUGCUGAAAUAUGAUCACCAGGAAAGGCCCACUGCUAAAGAAGCAAUGGCUCAUCCUUAUUUUUAUCCAGUAAGAAAUGCAGAAAGCAGCCGAACUCGUACACAAUAAGUUGAAUUGGGUCCAAGAAAAGUUAUCAUUGUAUGGAUGACUCGCAGUAUGUGUUUAGAGUCUCUUCUGUUUGUCAAGCUGAUUUCAAAUGUUCUGAUUUUUUACAAGUCUUGUGUCUCUGUUCACAUUUCAAGUUCAGUAUAGGCAACUUUUAGACAAUGAUUUACAUUAACCAGUUCCCAAAAUUAAAUCUCUUUUCUCGUUAUGGUUUGUGUAAUCAAUGUUCAAGGCUUCAAUUAUUUUUGGAUCGAACUGCCCCAUCAGGUUUUUCUUCGCUUCAGUAUUUGUUAAAACUGUAUAACUCAUAGGCUUGUUAUUAUUUUAAUGAUUCAAAUGAAUCGCUGUUAAAGUUAUAUUA